GUCCACUUCCAUGGCGGAUCGGAAUCCGAACUUCCAACGCCGCCCAUUUCAUUCAUCUUCGACGCGGUUUCUGUCCUCAAACAAAGAUUUCCCACUGCCUCCGACCACCACUCCCACUUCCAACCAAUAUCUCAGCCUCACGCCCUUUCUCUCCUCCAAUCAUCCUCUCCCCUGCAAACGCCACCGUUCUAUGUCAAAUUUGAAUCCACUCGGCGUCCGCAUUUCUCCAGCUAACCCUACUAGUUAUCAAUUGGAGAUUGCUCACCAGGCGAACGUCUUAUCUCCCUAGAUUCUCCGAAGUUUAUCUCUAUUAUGACUGAAAAUUUGAUCGGAUGGAGAAGGCGAUGGUGUUGCCGAUGUCGAAAUCAAUCAAUCCGAUAGGCAAUACCGUGAUGUUGAUGCAGAGAUUCGAAUCCGAGUGGAGAAGUGGAACGUGUCGUACAUUUCAGUUCCUCCGCCGUUCGUGGUGGCGUUGGCUAAUUCGGAGUUGGCGGCGAAGUACGUCCCAAGUUUUCUUCCAAUUUAGGGUUGCGGCAUUGCUGCUCUUGGGGAAGAAGGUCGAGAAAUUCCAUGAGAAGUUGCCCUAAAUUAUACUGAUUAAAUCUUCUGUUCGGUUGAUUUGGUAUAUGGAUUGAAAGAGUGUACAGCAGUAACACAGGCUUUAGGGCGUGAGGAAAGCAAGAACAUAAAGAAGAUCCUUGGGUUGGAACUUCAUCUGUUUACCUCAGUUAUUAUAAAUUCAAAUUCGCCGCCAAAAAUCGAAAUUCUACCACGUGGAGAUGACCACAAUCCGCCAUAUCAUCUUCUUCAAUUACUCAACUGCAGUUCCCAAUGUUGGCACGGAACUCGAUAAAUGGUAGAUUGUUGUUAUCUUUCUUGCGUCAGACGCCAUUAUCUUAUCCUGCGUUGGAAUACGCCAUGAAUCUCCAUAACGAUAAUCCUCAACGAUCCUAUCCCACCCGGAAAGUCCUAGAGAAUUGUGCUGCAUAUAAAUACACAGCACCUAAGCUCUACGAAGGCACCGAAUAAGCUUUAAUUGUAGGAGGAGGAGGAGGAGGAGGAGGAAGAGGAAGAAGAAAAUGGGAUCGCUGGGAAUGUAUUCUGAAUCGGCAGUAAGGAAGAAAAGUAGCCGAGGCUACGAUGUUCCAGAGGGAGUGGACAUUCGGGGACGUUAUGAUGAAGAAUUUGCCAGGAUUCUCAACAAGGAAGCCUUGCUGUUUGUGGCUGAUUUACAGAGGACUUUCAGAAACCACAUAAGGUAUUCGAUGGAAUGCCGCAGAGAAGCCAAAAGGAGGUACAAUGAAGGGGCGGUGCCGGGGUUUGAUCCGGCGACCAAGUAUAUAAGGGAAUCUGAGUGGACAUGUGCAUCAGUCCCCCCGGCAGUUGCUGAUCGGAGAGUGGAGAUCACCGGACCUGUGGAGCGGAAGAUGAUCAUCAACGCACUCAAUUCUGGAGCUAAAGUUUUCAUGGCGGACUUUGAAGAUGCACUAUCACCAAACUGGGAGAAUUUGAUGAGGGGGCAAAUUAAUCUGAAGGAUGCAGUUGAUGGGACUAUAAGCUUCCAUGACAAAGCUAGAAACAAGGUUUAUAAACUGAACGAUCAGACAGCCAAGCUCUUUGUUCGCCCUCGAGGUUGGCACUUGCCUGAGGCUCAUAUCUUCAUCGACGGCGAGCCUGCCACCGGCUGUCUUGUGGACUUCGGGCUCUACUUUUUUCACAACCAUGCCAAUUUCCGGCGCUCUCAAGGUCAAGGUUCUGGCCCUUUCUUUUACCUUCCCAAAAUGGAGCACUCCAGGGAAGCAAAAAUAUGGAACAGUGUAUUUGAGAGAGCAGAGAAGAUGGCAGGGAUAGAGAGGGGCAGCAUCAGGGCCACUGUGCUGAUUGAAACACUUCCAGCAGUGUUUCAAAUGGAUGAAAUACUCUAUGAGCUGAGGGAUCAUUCUGUGGGAUUGAACUGUGGUAGAUGGGAUUACAUAUUCAGCUAUGUCAAGACCUUCCAGGCUCACCUAGAUCGCCUGUUACCCGACCGAGUCCAAGUCGGUAUGGCACAACAUUUCAUGAGGAGUUAUUCUGAUCUCCUUAUCAGGACUUGUCACAGGCGUGGUGUGCACGCCAUGGGAGGCAUGGCUGCUCAAAUUCCAAUUAGAGACGACCCGAAGGCAAAUGAGAUGGCACUUGAGCUAGUGAGGAAGGACAAAUUGAGAGAGGCAAAGGCAGGACAUGAUGGAACAUGGGCAGCACAUCCAGGAUUAAUCCCAGCAUGUAUGGAAGUCUUCACCAACAGCAUGGGAAAUGCCCCCAAUCAGAUCCGAUCUGCAAGACGAGACGAUGCUGCAAACCUAACUGAAGACGACCUCUUGCAGCAACCGAGGGGUGUUCGUACAUUGGAAGGGCUCCGGUUGAACACCCGAGUCGGAAUUCAGUACCUAGCAGCAUGGCUAACCGGGACAGGCUCUGUGCCUCUCUACAACCUUAUGGAAGAUGCAGCCACAGCUGAAAUCAGCAGGGUUCAAAACUGGCAAUGGCUGAAGUAUGGAGUGGAAUUGGAUGGAGAUGGGCUUGGAGUGAGAGUGAACAAGGAACUGUUCGCAAGAGUGGUGGAAGAAGAAAUGGAAAGGAUUGAAAGAGAAGUGGGGAAGGAGAAAUUCAGGAAGGGAAUGUACAAAGAGGCUUGCAAGAUGUUCACAAGGCAAUGCACAGCGCCAACCUUGGAUGAUUUUCUGACCUUGGAUGCGUACAACCACAUAGUCAUACAUCAUCCCAGGGAGCUGUCCAGGCUCUGAAAACCGCACCAAAUUGGCCUUCUUUCGACAGGUAAGAGUUCUUUUGCUUCCCUUCUCUUCUCUUUUCUUCUCUUCCUUGUUGCUGAGAAUAACGUAUUUGUAUUGUAAUUUAAGACUCUGUUUGUUUGUCCGUUUCUUUUUUUAAGCUGUUUGUGUCGGUUAUGUCAAGAAAUUCAGCAAUUGCAAGCAAAUUGGAACUCUCUCCAUGAACCUAUAUUUUGGCUGUUGCUUGUUUGACU